AUGAGCCAUUUGGACCAACUCAAGCAACUGACGACCGUCGUCGCCGACACGGGGGACUUUGCGUCCAUCGCCAAGUACCAGCCUGAAGACGCCACGACGAACCCGUCGUUGCUCUUCAAGGCGGCGCAGAUGCCACAAUACGCCGACUUGGUCACGGAAGCCGUCGCCUACGGCAAGGGGUUGACCGGUGUCACCGAGGACGAGCGCUUGGGACACAUCAUCGACCAAUUGAGCGUGAACUUUGGCCGCAAGAUCUUGGAGAUCGUGCCUGGCUACGUGUCGACGGAAGUGGACGCGCGCUUGAGUUUCGACACGGACGCGACGAUCGACCGCGCCCACCGCAUCAUCGGCAUGUACAAGGCCGCGGGGAUUGGGAAGGAGCGCAUCUUGGUCAAGAUUGCGUCUACGUGGGAAGGCAUCCAAGCGUGCAAAAAGCUGCAAGAAGAAGGCAUCCAAUGCAACAUGACGUUGUUGUUUGGGUUCCCCCAAGCCGUGGCCUGUGCCGAAGCGCACGCGACGCUGAUCUCCCCGUUUGUCGGCCGCAUCAUGGACUGGUACAAGGCCAAGACGGGCAAGACGUACAGCGCCGUGGAAGACCCGGGCGUCCAGUCCGUGACGCGCAUCUACAACCACUACAAGAAGCACGGGUACAAGACGAUUGUCAUGGGCGCGAGCUUCCGCAACACGGGCGAAGUGCUGGAGCUGGCCGGCUGCGACCGCUUGACCAUCUCCCCGAACCUCUUGGAAGAGUUGGCCAACGCCACCGGCCCCGUCGCCAAGCGCUUGGACGCCGAAGGUGCCGCCCUCAACUACAACCACCCCAAGGUCACGUUCACGGAGAAGGAGUACCGCUUCGCCAUGAACGAAGACGCCAUGGCCACCGAAAAGCUGUCGGAAGGCAUCCGUGGCUUUGUGGCUGACAUCAUCAAGUUGGAAGACAUCUUGAAGGCCAAGUUGCAAUAA